AUGGCUGGAGGACAGGGGGGCACGGCUUACGCGCAGCAGCAGUUGGUAUCUAGGGGACAUGCUGAGGGGGAAACCUCAUGCUCUAGAGCUCACGCAUUCCCGCAGUACGACUUGCCGCUGCCGGGCACAAUGCCUGCGACAUCCGGCCUGGCAUCACCAUCCCACUUAGAGAACUCUGCCAACAGCGGACCUAUUGCAUCUCCGGAACUUUUGACAAGUCCGCGGGGCCUUCCCCCCAGCACCGGCGGCAGCAGCGCCAGAGCGGCCAUGGAGAUUCAAGAGGCGCUGCUGCCUGCGCAGCCUCCCCCUCCCUUCCAGCACCCCAUCUCCCUGACUCGGAGGAGGUGGAUGGUGUUCAUGUUCUGCCUGGUUGCCGCGCUGCUCUUCGCCGACCAGAACCUGCUGGCGCCGAAUCUCACCGCCGCCGCCAACUACUUCCGUCUCAAUGAACGUCAGAAGGACACGUUGCUGGGGGGCGCUCUGAUGGCGGCCUUCUUCGCCGUGGGGGCCCCCGCGGCCCUGCUGGUGGGCUGGCUGACUGACCGGGGGGACAUCAACCGCCGUACACUGCUGUUCUGGGUGGUGGUGGUGGGGGAGACGCCCUGCCUGCUCACAUACUGGGUGAGGUGGGGGAGGGAGCCGGGGGUCAGGUCCUUCUGGCAGUUCUUCCUGCUUCGCGCCUUGACGGGUGUGGCAGUUGGCGGUUGCUUCCCGUUGGUGUUCAGUUUGCUGGGGGACCUGUACCCGCCGGGUAGGAGGACGGCGGUCAGCGCGGCGGUGCAGAUAGCCACGGGGCUGGGGAUUGCUGCGGGCCAGGCCCUGAGCGGUUCCAUAGGUCCCGCCACGAACUGGCGCCUGCCGUUCGUUGUGGUCGCGGCGCCGUCCCUGUGUGCGGCUCUGCUCAUGCUGGCGACCACGCAGGAGCCCCCUAGAGGGGCGUUUGAGGAGGCGCUGAGGGAGCGUUACUCGGAGGGCCUGGGUGCGUACGAGGGCUCCAUCAGCUGGUCCAAGGGGCUCCCGGGCAGCUUGCCGUGGGGCAUGGUGCUCACGUACUUCAAUGAUUUCCUUGCGCAACAAAAGGGUUUUACGGUACAGGCCGCCACGGCCGUGAUCUUGUUUUUCGGAGCGGGCGGAGCGUUGGGGGUCAUUGGCGGCGGGGCGGGUGGGCAGUGGCUGUACAACAAGCGCAAAGAGUACCAGGCGCUGUUGGCGGGCGGCUGUGUGUUGGCAGGUAUCGGACCACUGUACGCACUCAUCAACUCGGACCUUCAGCGCAUGGGUCUCGCCGCCAGCUGCUUCGUGGCCGCCCUGGGGGGCGCAGUGGCCUCAGUGGCGGGACCCAACCUUAGAUCGGUGAUACUCAACGUGAACGAGCCGGAGACACGGGGGGUGGCUCUGGCACUGCAGUCUAUGACGGAUGACCUGGGCAAGGGCCUUGGACCCGUGCUGGUGGCGGGGCUCAUCCAUGUGCUUGGUCGCGAGGGUGCCUUCAAUGUGGCCACCGGGGGCUGGAUUCCCUGCAGCGUGAUGCUCACCUCCCUGGUGUGCUGCAUGAGGAGAGAUGAGGCGGCCAUGCAGGCGAGAUUGGCGCAGAGCAGCGAAGCACAGGCAGCAGCGGCGGUGGCGACGGCUGGCGGCGGCGGCGAGAAUGCUGCAGGGACGGGCAUCACGGUGGUGCUGCCGGAGGUGCCACAGGCGGCGACGGCGGCGGCGGCGGCAGCGGAGGAGGAGGUGCGGACGGAGGAGCGGCGGCUGGCGAAGCGGUGCCUGACGGCGGCGGCGGCCAAACGCGUUGCGCGCGGGCGGGGGAAAAUGAGGAUGAGGACACAACAGUAA